AUUUAUAUUUUAUCUCAUCGGAUCCCAUUAAAGAACCUCCAUCAAAUUCCUUGAGUGCUCACCUAAACACACACACACACUCAGUGAAGUUUGUCUGCAUCAAGAGAAUCGAAAAAGCCCUAAUAAAUGCCCGCCCAUCUCUUUCAUUCCCAAUCUUCGUGUCGUUUAGGCAACAUCAAUUGAACGUAAAAGGAAAUAAAUAAAAAACAUGGUUAAAUCCGCACGAAUCAAUUUACCCCCAUUUCUUAUCCCUUUCGUGUUCGCCGUUGUGUUUUCGACCCAUCCCCCCUCUGAAUUUCAAGGUGUUUGAUCAAUCUCAGAAGACCCAUUUGCCUUUUGCAUCAAUAGGUUUUGUCAUAAUGGAAGGAGAAAAUUCAUGGACAAGUCAUUCGAACGAAACCUCAGUAAACAAUACAUUCAAAUUCGAUUCAUUCUCAGAGCUGCACGAAGACACCAAUCAAGAAGCUGCUCCCAUUUCGUUGGAUUUAAUUUUGCCCGACGAUCUUUUGGAAAGAAUAUUAUCCCAUCUCCCCAUAGCCAGCAUCUUUCGAGCUGGCUGCGUGUGCAAAAGAUGGCACGAAAUAGUGACAACAAAGAGGUUUCUGACGAACACCUCUAAAGUACAAUCAAGAAAGCCAUGGUACUUCAUGUUCACAAGCUCCGACGAACCAAUCGGAUAUUCCUACGACCCGGUUUUCCGAAAAUGGUACCCAAUCGAGCUCCCGUUUAUCGAGAACUCCAAUUGGUCCAUCGCUUCAUCGGGCGGGCUAGUGUGCUUCACGGGUCGGGAUAUCGGAUCCGAAUUGUACAUUUGCAACCCGAUUACAAAACAGGUCAAGUGGAUAAAUGGGCCCGCCGGCCCGAAAUUCUCCGAUUAUAGUGCAUUGGCUGUCUCGGUCGAUCGUGGGUCCCACAGAUAUCAAAUCUCGAUCGUGAAGUCUAUGGAAGUUUCCGGAAGCUUCUUUGAAUGGGAUGUUUCUAUCCACCUCUACGAUUCGGUGGAAAUGACGUGGACGGCGGCUUUGACCGAGGGUUUGACCGGGUGGAGGGGCGGGGGCGAAAGCGUAAUUUGCGGUGGGGUUUUGUACUUUUUGGUCUACUCGACAGGUGGCGGUGGUGGGCCGGGGCAUAGGCUUGUCAUGUACGAUCUCAAAAGUGGUUCGGUAAACGGUGGUUCUUUGAUGGGGGGUUUUGUGGGUGUGCCUUGUGCUUUGACUUGUGGACGUCUGAUGAAUUUGAAGGAGAAGCUUGUGAUGGUUGGGGGAAUAGGGAAAAACGAUCGGACGGAUAUUAUUAAAGGGAUCGGAAUUUGGGUUCUUGAUGGUGGGAGAGAGUGGCGGGAAAUUACGAGAAUGCCACAUAGGUUUUUUCAGGGUUUUGGGGAGUUUGACGAUGUUUUCGCGAGUAGUGGGACCGACGAGCUCGUUUAUAUACAGAGCUAUGGUGGGCCGGCCCUUCUUGUUUUCGAUUUUGGUUUGAAGCAGUGGAAGUGGUCGCAGAAAUGCCCCGUGGCUAAGAGGUUUCCGCUUCAACUUUUUACGGGUUUUUGCUUUGAACCGAGGCUGGAAAUUGCUCCGUAGAUUUUUUAUUUUUUUUUAUUUUUUAUUUUUAAAGAUUGAUUUACAUCUUGUGAUUCCUAUUUAUUUUGGUUUGGAUUGUGAUUUAUGAUGUUUGGGUUAUAGAUGAUGCAAUAUAUAUUCAACAAGUCUGGUUUAUUUA